AAUAACUGCCUACUCAGCUAGCCAGCCAGCACUUGGGAAGCGGUUUCGAUAGCUAGCUACUUAGCUAGCUGUGAUUAAUAAACCAAAUGCUUGGACAUGUUUUGAAAGCACCUGUUCAUAUUUGUGAAGAAACAGGAGCUGUAUUCAGGAAAAUGAUGUGUCGUUGUUGAGCAGCACCUGGGAGCCUGGGUGGUGCAGGAAAUGGGGACCUCACUCAAGAGGGAGUGGGAAACAAGGUCUCUGAGCAGCGUCGAGCCGCAGGUGCGCAGCGGGCCAGAGUCCAAGGCCGGGGACACUGAACCCGGUCCCAGCACCCCAAAACCAGAGGGCCUUCCCAGAGGAGUCGAAACGCCAGCCUCUAGGAUCAGGCAGGGGUCAGAAAUCACAGAAGCAGAAUCAGGUGAGGACUCUAGUGAGAGCUCCGUCCUUGCCAGGACGCGCAGUUUUAAUAUUGUGGAGCUGGAUUCGCUGUCCAGCGGAGAGUCGGAGCCGCAUGACUCCGAGACGGACGACGACCCGGACUACGUGGAAGCGGAGCGCUACUCCGACGACCAGUGUUACAAUGCGGAGGACAUGGAGCUCAGCAUCAUCAAGUGCGAAUCUAACGAGAGCUUGGUGGACGAGCACGUGAAGACGGACGUGCCGGGAUGUGCGGCGGAGGGCAUAAUGCAGCCGUGCACCCAGGACCCAAAGAGGGACUCUGCAAACGGCUUACGAAGUCGAGAGAAGCAGGGCCACAUAUGCCCAGACUGCGGUAGGUUUUUUAAGCGCGUGUCGUACCUGAUCAGACAUUACGAGUCGCACGUAGCGGAUUCCCCAUUCACCUGCAUCGCUUGUGGCAAGAGCUUUCCCAUUGCGAGCAAACUUAAACGACACCUGCGGAUCCACUCCAAUGCCAGGGCGUACGUCUGCAUGCAGUGCGGUAAGAGUUUCAAUGAUCCAAGCCACCUCAAAACCCACAAGCAUACUCACACUGGAUUAAAGCCACAUAGCUGCACCGAAUGUGGGAAACGUUUUAGCACUGCCGGCAAUUUAAAGAGUCACCUACAGAUUCAUUCAGGUGAAAAACCACACAGCUGCACUCAGUGUGGAAAGAGUUUCACUCACGGGUCCUAUUUAAAAACACAUCUGCGAACUCAUUUGAAUGACAAUCCAUUUAGGUGUUCACAGUGUGGAAAGACUUUUGCCAAUGGACCUAAGUUGAUAAUUCACCAGCGAAUUCAUUCAGGUGAGAAGCCAUUUAAGUGCACCCAAUGUGGGAAGUGCUUCAAUCAGGCAGGCUAUCUCAAAAUCCACCAGCGGACACAUUCAGGUGAAAGGCCGUUUGUGUGCACUCAGUGCGGGAAGCGUUUUUCUUUUGCCUGCAAUCUCGAAACCCACCGGAGAAUUCAUUCAGGUGAGAAACCAUACUCGUGCACGUUGUGCGAAAAAAGUUUUGGUGACGCGUCGCAUUUCAAAAAACACCAGCGAUACCAUUCAGGUGAGAAACCCAUUACCUGUGAAGUAUGUGGGAAAAGCUUUUCCGAUGUUGCAAGAUUUAACAAUCACAAACGGGUUCAUUCUGGUGAGAGACCAUUUACCUGCACUCAGUGCGGAAAAACUUUCACCCAUCAGUCGAAUCUCGCAAGGCAUCGGAAGACCCAUACGGGGGAACGACUGCACCGUUGUGGCCAGUGUGGAAAGAGUUAUGCCCGAGCGUCCGGUUUGAAAACCCACCAGCGAAGUCACGUAAAAUAGAAACUGCAGAGCAGAAUUUACAAGCAGGUGAGAAUGGACAUUUUCAUGUAUUUAAAAUGAAAAAAAAAAAACAUUAAAACACUGUGUAUAAUAUAUACAUGUACACAAAAGACAAUUUGCACCUUAUAAAUCAAAAGGUACUAUCAAAUUCACUGUAUGAGAUUACAGCUAUUCUUGGUUACAGUUCUCAGAUUGGCGAAAUAUGCGACCGCAUGCAUAAAUCGAGUCAUUCCAAAUUGCCCCACGCGCCAUCAAUUAGUGUUCUGUGGGUUGGUAGGUAUCAAGGAGUUAAAUGGAAUUCAAAUACUGAAUAUUUUAGUUUCCAAAGUAGAAGCUGGCCACCGUUUACAAAAACAAACAUUUGAUUAACCACAUUUUGAGAAUUACUAAUACUGGAUUUAGUGUGAAUUUCUAUCAUCUAAUUUCCAAUAAAAAAAUGUUACAGAGAUCAGGUUUUCCUUUUAUCGAAUCAUACAGUUCACAUCAUCGUUUAUGAUUUUCAAAUGUG